AAAGAAAAAAGAAGAAGAAGAAGAUGGAUUAUGUGUAUGGACCUGGGAGAAACCACCUGUUCGUGCCGGGGCCGGUGAACAUCCCCGAGCCGGUGAUUCGGGCGAUGAACCGCAAUAACGAGGACUACCGAUCUCCCGCCGUGCCCGCUCUGACAAAGACGCUUCUCGAAGACGUCAAGAAGAUCUUCAAGACAACAUCCGCAACCCCCUUCGUAAUCCCCACCACCGGCACCGGAGCAUGGGAAAGUGCGCUGACGAACACUCUAUCACCUGGGGACAGAAUCGUGUCCUUUCUGAUCGGCCAAUUCAGCCUCCUCUGGAUCGACCAGCAGCAGCGCCUCAAGUUCGACGUGGACGUCGUCGAAAGCGAGUGGGGCCGCGGCGCCAAUCUCGACGUCCUGGAAUCUAAACUGGCGGCCGACAGGAGUCACACCAUCAAGGCUAUCUGCAUUGUUCACAACGAGACGGCCACCGGCGUCACCAACAAUUUGCCGGCUGUGAGGAAACUGCUCGACGAUUACAGCCAUCCCGCACUAAUACUUGUUGAUGGCGUGUCGUCGAUAUGUGCUCUUGACUUCCGAAUGGACGAAUGGGGGAUUGAUGUCGCCUUAACCGGCUCGCAGAAAGCUCUUUCGAUGCCUACUGGAAUGGGCAUUCUUUGUGCGAGCCCGAAAGCUCUAGAAGCUUCCAAAACAGCCAAGUCGGUCAGGGUUUUCUUCGACUGGAAUGACUACUUGAAGUUCUACAAGCUCGGAACUUACUGGCCUUACACGCCUUCCAUCCAACUACUUUACGGGCUAAGAGCAGCUUUGGAUCUCAUCUUUGAGGAGGGGCUCGACAAUGUCAUCGAAAGGCAUCGUCGCUUAGGAAAGGCCACAAGACUUGCUGUCGAAGCUUGGGGACUGAAGAAUUGCACGCAGAAAGAGGAAUGGUUCAGCGACACGGUCACUGCAGUUCUGGUGCCGCCUUACAUUGAUAGCGCUGAAAUUGUGAGGAGGGCGUGGAAGAGAUACAAUCUAAGCUUGGGUUUGGGCCUCAACAAAGUGGCCGGAAAAGUGUUCAGGAUAGGGCAUCUCGGCAACCUCAAUGAGUUGCAAUUGCUGGGUUGCUUAAGUGGAGUAGAGAUGGUGCUGAAGGAUGUGGGCUACCCAGUGAAGCUGGGGAGUGGAGUAGCUGCUGCAGCUGCUUAUCUUCAGAACACUAUCCCUCUCAUCCCCUCUCGAAUCUGAGUUUUCUAUAAUUGCCUCCUUUGCUUCAAAUCCUUGUAAUUAAGGAAAAAAAAAAAUACUGUAAUCUCAUUCAGGAGGCUGAGGCCCCUGAUAAAUACUGUACUACUGUAUCUAAAUCUUUUACAUUUGAAUAUGGUAGUAGUUAAGCCCCUUCCAAAAAAA